AUGGGUAGCCAUCACGAACUUGAAAUCAAUAUACCGGAUUGCAGAAUAUAUAACGUUGAUAAUGUACUGGAACUUGUGAAGGUGAAGAAUAUUUUAGCUACCGAAGGACUUGAAGAUCCGUGGUUGAGGGAAGAAAAAGAAGAAGAGCCAAAAAAUAAUGCUACAGAAAUUGAUGAUGAAGGAUAUUGUAUUCAGCCAUCAGAACAAUGGACUGUCGAUAAAAAAGAAACAUUUGAUGCCUCUUCUGAUUCAGAUUGUUUUAAAUACAGGGCAUCAGAUACAAAAACAGUAAAUUGGAAGUUUGCAGAACUCACUCAAUAUUCUGAAAGUCAAUGUUCCGGUUCACUAAAAGUAGGAUUUGAGAUACUUGAUGGCGAACCAGAUCCAAAAAGCUCUACCCAACAUUCCACUGUGUCAUCAGAUUGUUAA